AUGAACACUGACCCAUGGUUCGAAUGCCUGUCGCAGAGCAAGGUUUAUCGCAUGCUUGGAUGGGAAUACAGGAGGCCCGAGAGAGUCCCAGCUGCCUGCCCGUUCAAGCCUGCAGCAAACAAGACUGAAGGUGUGGCGGGUGAAUCAAAACCAGUAGCAAAUCCUCAUGUUGCAAGUGCAAAUCCUCUGGUGGAACCCCAGAGUGCUACCACAGAAAUGAAGAAAGAUGAUUAG